ACCCGGCCCAGAUUGGCGUUAGGCCCGAUAAGGCGAUAACAAUUAAUUUCAUUGCCAAGUCCAGCUUCGUCACAAUAUCUAGGGUUUAUGCAAGCGCAGGGUUGGAAAACCCCCCCAAGACUGAAAUAGUUUGUGCAUUGGGAGUUGAAAUCGAGAUGGGUAGAGCUAAGAAAGGCCCCAAGUUUGCUGUGGUGAAGAAGAUGAUCACUUCUAAAGCUAUUAAAACGUAUAAAGAAAAUGUCUUGAAUCCUAACAAAAAGGAUUUACAAAGUGAAAAGCUUCCAAGAAAUGUACCAAGUACUUCAUCUGCACUUUUCUUCAAGUACAAUACUGCAUUGGGGCCGCCCUACCGGGUGUUGGUUGAUACCAAUUUCAUUAACUUCUCAAUCCAGAACAAAUUGGACUUGGAGAAAGGGAUGAUGGACUGUUUAUAUGCGAAAUGUACACCAUGUAUUACUGAUUGUGUGAUGGCAGAACUUGAAAAGCUAGGACAGAAAUAUCGAGUUGCUUUAAGAAUUGCAAAAGAUCCUCGAUUUGAAAGACUGCCUUGCACUCACAAAGGAACUUAUGCUGAUGACUGUCUUGUGGAGAGGGUUACUCAGCAUAAGUGCUAUAUGGUAGCAACAUGUGAUCGAGAUUUGAAGAGAAGAAUCCGCAAGAUACCUGGUGUGCCAAUUAUGUACAUUACCAAACACAAGUAUUCCAUUGAACGUUUGCCUGAAGCAACAAUGGGUGGAGCUCCAAGAUUUUAGAAAUGAAAACAAGUAUCAUUCAGCAGAGAGAGAAUUGUUGCAAUCAAGCUGGUAUCAAGUUCUGACGAGAUUUCAUGUUCUAGGAGAUGUACUCUGUGUAGAGACCAAUGUAGCGAAUUCUAGUGAUAUCACAUGUGCUGCUGCCCUUUUUGCCUGUAAACCUUAACAUAUUAGUUUCUUGAAUUACAUUAAUAAUAUGUCGUGUUUAACUUA